GGUGACUCGCAAAAGCUCAGAGAAUCAAAAACCAAAAUUUGGAUUGGAAUUAAAAUAAAAGUCAAAAUAAUCGGAUUUCGUCGAUCUUCUGAUAUUUUUCUUUUUGCUGAAAACCCUAAACACUCCACACCAUUUGAAUUUGUUUUUCACAUCUUCCUUCUAAUCGAAAACAUUCACAGUUGCGAAUUCGGAUCGGGGGCUAAGGCAGUGUUCCGAUUUGCACAACAAUGACUUACGCAUCUCGUCUCAUCAUCAAUCAUUCCAAAAAGUUGAAACAUGUUUCCACAUUACUGAGGCGUGACCAUGCCGUGGCUGUCCGAUGUUACUCCAACUGUACCCAGCCAUCUCUCACUGGUAGACAAGAUAUCUUCAAGGCCCGCCUGAAUUAUUCCACUGUGGAGAUAAUUUCUAAAUGUAGUGCCGGAAAUGUAUCAAUGCCUAGUGGUAUUUCAACAAUGAGCACAAAACUAAGCAGCACAAUGGCAGGACCAAAACUUUUUAAAGAAUUUAUAAGCUCCCAGAUGCGAUCAGUAAGAGGAUUUUCAUCAAGUUCAGAUCUUCCUCCUCAUCAAGAGAUUGGAAUGCCUUCUCUUUCGCCAACAAUGACUGAGGGUAACAUUGCCAGGUGGCUGAAGAAAGAAGGUGAUAAAGUUGCUCCUGGUGAAGUGCUUUGUGAAGUCGAAACUGACAAAGCAACCGUCGAAAUGGAAUGCAUGGAAGAGGGUUUUCUAGCCAAGAUAGUAAAGGAGGAAGGGGCAAAAGAAAUUCAAGUUGGGGAGGUGAUUGCUAUCACAGUUGAAGAGGAAGAGGAUAUUCAAAAGUUUAAAGAUUACACCCCCUCAUCUGAUGCUGGUCCUGCUGCUCCUGAAGAAAAACCAGCUCCUUCCCCUCCAAAGGAAGAGAAGGUUGAGAAACCAACCACUGCUCCUGAAGCCAAGAGUUCCAAGCCAAGCUCGGCUCCUUCAGAAGAUCGUAUUUUUGCCAGUCCUCUUGCAAGAAAGUUGGCUGAAGAUAAUAGUGUACCUCUCUCAAGCAUCAAAGGCACAGGUCCUGAAGGACGGAUAGUGAAGGCUGAUGUCGAAGAUUUCUUAGCUUCAGGUGGUAAAGAAACUACUGCCAAGCCUUCCAAGCGCACGGAUUCAAAGGUUCCAGAUCUGGACUAUGUUGACAUCCCUCACACUCAGAUACGAAAGGUCACAGCCUCACGUUUGGCAUUCUCAAAGCAAACUAUUCCUCACUACUACCUGACCGUGGAUACAUGUGUGGACAAAAUGAUGGGUCUUAGGAGUCAACUCAAUUUAUAUCAAGAGACAUCUGGUGGGAAACGGAUAUCUGUAAAUGAUCUUGUUAUUAAGGCUGCUGCACUGGCUCUUCGAAAAGUUCCUCAGUGCAACAGUUCAUGGACAGACGAAUAUAUCCGCCAAUUUAAAAAUGUGAACAUCAACGUUGCUGUACAAACAGAAAAUGGGCUUUACGUUCCUGUGGUCAAGGACGCAGACAAGAAAGGACUAUCCACAAUUGGAGAAGAGGUUCGAUUCUUGGCCCAAAAAGCAAAAGAAAACAGCUUGAAGCCAGAAGAUUAUGAGGGAGGAACAUUCACAGUCUCCAACUUGGGAGGACCUUUUGGCAUCAAACAGUUUUGUGCCGUCAUCAAUCCACCUCAAGCUGCCAUUCUAGCAAUAGGAUCCGCCGAAAAGAGAGUUGUUCCCGGUACUGGUCCUGACCAAUACAACGUUGCUUCGUACAUGUCUGUAACACUAAGCUGUGACCACCGCGUAAUAGAUGGUGCUAUUGGAGCUGAGUGGCUGAAAGCUUUCAAGGGAUACAUCGAGACCCCGGAAUCUAUGUUGCUCUAAAAUCCAGACGCACACAUACACACACACAUCAAAGCUAAAUUCAUAAGAGUGUGACAUCAAAUUUCUCUGGCUCAACAUUUUCUACCAGAUUUGUUCCCUUUAGCAAUGAGGCCUUGGAAGUUGCGUGUUUUGCUAUUCAUUACAUUGAGGUGACAGAUUUUUUGUCCAAAAAUAAGAUCAGGAAAUCCCAACAAUUUUACUGUUAACUGCAUUUCUGGCUUAAUGCUUAUUUUCAUCAUGGGGUUGAAAUUAUUAAAACC